AUUCCUCUUCAGUAGCCCUAAGAGUGUGUGUGUGUAUAUCUUAAAAUCAAUGUUAAUCGUAUGAAAGCGGUGUUUAAUAUUGUUGAUAAUUGUAUAUUAUGUGUUUUUUUUAGAUUGUUUUUUCCUGAAGAUUGUCUUCAAGCCAGGAUCCAUAUAUCUGUCUGCGUAAUAUGACAACAGGCCAUGGAGAACCCUGCGAGAAUGAUCAGAGCCUUUUCUGUUUAAAUGGAGGGAUUUGUUAUGUGAUACCUUCAUUUUCUGGUCCAUUCUGCAAAUGUAUUGGAAAAUACACAGGUGUCCGUUGUGAAGCCAUUUUUCUAGCUAGCGAGAAGUCUCAGCCCAGAAACGAAUAUCUGGUUAAUCUCCUAGUUUUGGCUGUUUUCCUGGGAUUGCUGUUCAUAGGACUCAUCUGCUUUCUCUGCAGAAGAAAAUUCAACAAUCGUAGCGAGGACGAGCCAUAGUUAAAGGAGAUGGCAGCUGUCAGAAUUACAAAAUAAAAAAAGGCAUCUGAAGAAAUUAAACUGUCUACAGACAACUAAUCAUUGACAGUAUACCAGAAGUACAGAUAUAAAUCACUACUUGUUGUCUGACAUCAUGGCAUGCUUCUGCUUGACAUUUGCGGUGCUAGAAACUUCUUUUGCUUAUAAACCCUGUCUUUACGCGCUUUGGGAAACGGACAUGAAAAAUUGGCGGCACAAUCUGGAUUUGGUUACUUGAGCUGUAUGUUACAAGUAUUUAAACAAACAUAUAUAAACAUCCAUUGAUAUUCAGUAGAUUCAGAAAUCUGCAGGAAUUGUAGUUGCAAAAAACAAAAUCUGAAUGACAUUUUAAGAUGAGGUCACUGAUUGAGAACAAGGAGGGCACUGUUUUAAUCUAGGGCAGCGUUGCCCAAUUUAUUCUAAUGGAAGGCUGUACAUUCUGUAGACACAUAUGCUAGUUUGUAAAAGUUGUAGGCUAGCAGGGUGUCAAAAAUGACAUCAAACAUGAUAUCUAGUCUUUGGGCCCCCAGCUGGACAGCCCCAAAUUAAUGUUGUAUUAGAAUGCUAUAUUUGUUAGCAUGAAACAAGAACACUAACAGCCACAGAUGGGGUUUUGCUGUUGGUUACUAACAUCCAAUAAAAUUAAAUUUUAAAUUCAUGGCUCUCAGUAUCCUCAAAAUAAAUAAUUUUUAGUCCCAAAGCAAAAAAAAACCUGCUAAUUAGCACAUGAAAAGAGAUUCAAUUUGGCCACUUCUGUGUGCAUGUACAGAUGACAGCUUCUAGUAUCCCUUAUAAUGGUAAAGGAAAUUGGAUUAGGAAUUUAUAAACGAGAGAGGGCCAAAUGCAAUCUCAAAUAGCCACAUAUGCUUUGUAACAGGUACACAGAAACCAGCGUGGGGGGUGGUGUGUGUGUGGGGGUUAAGAUUAAAAAUAAAAUGUUGUUAAAAUAGAGUUGGUACACCUGGGGAAGGAAAAUUUACUUGCACCAAGUCUGCCUUUUGAUGGAGAUAUACCAAGCAGUGGUUUAUCCCACCAGUGAGCGUAUAUAAAAUCUGAUGGACCAUACCAUUAAAAAGGAGAGGGUUUAAAGCGGCUGAACAAAGUGGUUCAACAUGAUUUUC